AUGCCGACGAACAUAAUUGAACGCAACGUUACAGCGUAUGGCGCUACAAAUCAAGGAACCACACCAGUAACGACGUUACGACCCAUGCUCACGCAGACGUUUGUGGCGAACAGUCCACCGAAGGCAUUACCAGAAUCAGGCGUCAAUACGGCAACAUUGCUGCAAAGAGAACAAAACAAAUGCAUCAACGCCAUACCUACCACGAAUUACAUCAAAACACAAGAAAUAAAACAGAAUCCUGCUCAUAAUUCGGUUAACGCAUACGGAAUUGACAACAAUAUAGCUCUAGAGAAUGAACCGAUACAAGAGCAAGAAGAAACAGAGUAUCCUCACUUGGCAUUGGAUUUAAGCAAAAUUACUAAUGCAUACCCAAAAUUCGAGCAAACACCAAAACUGAAACAACACGAACGACACAACAUCACACAGACAAAAGAAACAGCACCAGAGGCCAGAGUGGCAAUCGGCAAACCACGACACCCGUACACAGCGCAGUUCAACGACCCCGUUGAGAAGGAACUAGAAAAAUGGCAUAACAGCCACACUUCCACAAUCAAAUGGGUCAGGAUCAAACGUGGUGUGUACACAGCAGAUAAUCAAGAAGUCAAACUCGUGAAACUCAACGGGGGACUAUACGUAAAGGGUGCUAAAAACCACAGCAAACUAGAUCAUUUGCCAAUCGACAAAUUCGUACAAAAGGUACAGAAUAACAUAGUGAGCUAA